AUGCUCAUAGUGCCCAACCGGAUCAUCACAGACUUGGGCUCCUCCUUCACUGGAUCAGAAUUCUGGGACCUCUGCCAGGAAAGCUGCAUCGAUGUAUACUACGCCUCCGUGGCUCACCCCAGGUGCAAUGGCCAGGUGGAGCGUGCCAACGGCUUGAUCCUUCAGGGGCUCAAAGCCAGGAUUUUUGACCCGAUCGAAAAAUCUAGCUCCAAAUGGAUCCAAGAACUACCCAGAGUAGUAUGGGGGCUGCGCACGCAGAGAAGUCGGGCCACCGGUUACUCCUCCUUCUUCAUGGUCUACGGUUCUGAGGCUAUCCUCCCGACGGAUAUCGCCUUUGGUGCUCCGCACACCCAGAACUACAACGAAGGCAAGGCCAAAACAACUCGGCGAACGGAUCUCGACUCAGUCGAGGAGCACCGUCUAACGGCAGCCCUCCAGCAUGGCCGGUAUGAGCAGCAGCUACGUCGUUAUCAUGACAAAAACGUCCAGCAGCGCGACUUCAACGUCGGCGACCUGGUAGUCCGACGGGUCCAGUCCCUCGGAGGCAAGCUAACUUACCCAUGGGAAGGCCCCUUCAUCGUGAGCAACGUAGUCAUCCCAGAAACCUACAGGUUGCAGCGCGAAGAUGGAACGGAUGUGGGCAACCCAUGGAAUAUCAAGCACCUUCGUCGCUUCUAUCCAUAG